AUGUCAUCGUUGCAAGUGUUCCGGCUAAACCUCCUGCAGCACGUACUCCGGGCCCUCAAGAAGACAAGGCUCCCGGUGACGCCUCCAAAAAAAAUUCAGAAUCUCCUACUGCUGGCGCUGCGGGUGCGGCUGGUGCCCCUUCACCGGCUGAAGCUCCGAGUGACUCUGGUGAAAUUGGUCCGGCCACACCUUUGGAAGCAGAACCUCCGAGCCCUCAAGAAGACAAGAUUUCUCGUGAAACAUCUUCCAGACCGGAUUCUGAACCUUCUCCUGCUGUCGUCGAGAAUUCCGCGGAUGUCCCUCCUCCUCCACCUGCAACUCCAGGCGGCGCUGUUGCUGACGCUGCGGCCACGACGGAUACUUCUGCUGCAGCCAUGGGAGCACUGGAUUCCGCCCCCUCUGGUGAUCCUCAAAGCCCUUCACAUUCUGCCUCUGCUGCUUCUCCUGCACCCGAAUCCAUACCAGAUCCGGAGCCCGCAGAAGGCGGCGGCCACUCCUCCCAUGACCCUCCAGUGGAGCUGCAGGAAGAGACUGCUGCCGCGCCACCGACUCAGCUGUCCCAGACCGGCGAGGACGGGGGUGCAGCGGGAGGCGCCGAAGAGGACACCGCCACCACCACCGACACUGCUUCUAGCAAAGGAAAUUCUACGGCGGCAAGCAUGCCGGCUCCCCUUUCCUCUGCGCCCACAAAGAACGCACUGGAGAUCAGUGUGGGAACUGACGCCUGCUUCCAUGACACCCGUCUGCAUGCCCUGCCACCGCUUGUUCUGGCUGCGCUCACCUACGGGACACUGA